CUCUUUCGGGUCGGCCCGCGGGCGUGGUGCUUCCGGAUCCGGUGCCGCUCGUCCCAUCAUGGCGGCGCCCAGGGAGGCGCCGCAGCGGCGGCCCUUCGGGAGGCGCUUUCUCACCGACCCCACCCGCCUCUUCCAGCACAACGCCUGGGAUAAUGUGGAGUGGUCAGAAGAGCAGGAAGCCAGUGCCAGGAGUAAAGUUCAAGAGAACAGCUCACAGCUAUUGCCGCAAGAUAAACAAGAGGAAUAUGAGGUGAAUGCUAAGAGGUACUGGGAUGACUUUUAUAAAAUCCACGAAAAUGGCUUCUUCAAGGACAGGCACUGGCUGUUCACUGAAUUUCCUGAGCUGGCACCUAACAGGAAGCCAAGUCAAAAUGGGGAUUCUGUGCAUGAAUUUAGUAACGAAGAAGAAUCCAGCAAUGAAGGGCUGGGAAGCUGUGAAAAUGGACAUUGUUCAUUGGAAACUCGGGCAGAGAAUCAGUUAAACCUGAUAAAAAGCACACCUCAGGUCUGCACAGAGGAGCUGGCUACACAGAAGCAUAGUGAGCUGAACCAAAGUGAUGGAGAUUACCCAGGAUCAUCUGCAUCUUACCGUAUAUUAGAGGUUGGCUGUGGUGCUGGAAAUACAGUCUUCCCGAUUUUACAAACCAACAACGACCCAGGCCUUUUUGUUUAUUGCUGUGAUUUUUCUACAACAGCCGUGGAUCUUGUCCAGAACAACGUGGAAUAUGAUUCUUCGCGCUGCUUUGCAUUUGUCCAUGACCUAUGCAAUGACCAAAGUCCUUUCCCAAUGCCAGACGAGAGUCUUGACGUUGUUAUUCUUAUCUUUGUCCUCUCAGCGAUUCUCCCAGAGAAGAUGCAGUGCAUUGUUAACCGUCUGAGUCGCCUUCUGAAACCAGGAGGAAUGAUUUUGUUACGAGAUUAUGGCCGUUACGAUCUGGCCCAGCUUCGGUUUAAGAAAGGUCAAUGUCUGUCUGAUAACUUCUAUGUGAGAGGUGAUGGCACCAGAGUCUACUUCUUCACACAAGAUGAAUUAGAUGAACUCUUCACGACAGCUGGGCUGGAGAAAAUCCAGAAUCUGGUUGAUCGGCGAUUGCAAGUGAACCGCGGGAAACAAAUGACGAUGUAUCGAGUGUGGAUCCAGUGCAAAUACCGCAAGCCUGCCGCCCCGCAGCUGUGAGGGAACGGGACAUGCUUUUUAGGUUCGAGCCUCUUCAUGGCCAUGUGCAGUGUCUCCUCCUGGUGAGAUGUAGAGUUCAGCGCACACGGGACCUCAGUGCCUUUUACAGUGCCUAGCAUCACUUCAAGUGAGUUUUGCUAAGGACAAAUUCUCUAAGAGGAGACCAAGCUGUAAUUUAGAUGUCUUGCUACUGGUCUGAAGUUUUAAAAUUAUUUGUGGUUUUAACAACUUAAGAAGUGGUCAUCCUGUCUUACAGCAGCUGAGCAAGCUGACUAGUGAGUCACUCUUACUCUGGAUUUCCACAUGAAACAGAAGGAAGAGCUUCAACCUUACAUCUGUGUUGUGUACUCUCGUCUUGGGAACAAAAACCAUGCAAAGGGUAAAUCUGCUCUUCUCUGCAACCGGUCGCUAGCCCUAACGUGAAUCCCUUAGCCAGCCUAGCUCACGCAGCUCUCUUCUGGUCAUUCAGGUUUGUGCAAAUCCACAAGAUAAAAUACAUUGAUUGAGGGCAGGAACUGAGAGCAUGCUAGAUUCCCUGUGCCACCUUUCCCGUGGAUGCCUCGUGACGUGCAGAUAACCUGUGGAGAAAGCAGAUUAUGCUACCUUGCUCUCGCUGCCCGUGGAAGGAUGUUCACCUAGGGAGCUAACACUGUAGCUCAGGUGCUACAAAUUCAUGUUAGGUAGGCUUCAGGUUUUCAAAGAUUUGGGGCUGAUACCAGUUUUGGGGCAUCUCCAGAGUGCAGAGUAUCAUGAGCAGCUUGCGGGACCAGGAUUUACGCAGAAUUACCUUUUUCUGCUUGAAGAGUGAGAAGCUGUUAUUGCUGGCUGCAGCCCCCAGGUCACGAACUGCACUGCCCUGUUAUGGGGGUGUGCUAAACCCAAGUAGGCAAGACACCUGUCUGUGAUAAGAAAUCUGAAGAAUGUCUACCAUGCUAGUUUAAUUUCUUAGAGGAAGCCAACUUUGUGGCUUUCUGAAGGCAUUUCCCCACAAAUAUAUUUUAUCUCAGCUUGUUUUCUUUUGUUAUUUUUAGGGUGUGGUACAACAGGUAUUAGAAUAAAUUUUGUGGUAAUGCUUUUCAGUGCUGAUUUGAUUAAUAUAAAUCAGGCUUCCACAGAGACUGGCAUGCUUCUGCGUGCCUGAUCUGAAGGAUUUGGGCCACCGUUAGGUAACUACAGUUUUUUCCUCUUCUGUUAUCAUGAGACUUGCUAGUGCCUGCUCUCAAGGGAAAGCCUUGGCUGAUAUUUCCCACCUUGGUCUAGUUCAUGAAGCAGCAAGGUCUAUUGUGUGCGCACUGCUGGCUGAUGGGCAGUUCUGCUACACGAAGCAUGUAUGUUUUGUUAGCUAAACACUUGUAUUUGUAGCUUACUGUUGCCUAAGAAUAACUGUCAACUAUAGAGAUAUGUAGGUUAUGAAAUAACUGCUGUCUUGAAACAGAAGAGAAAGGGUAAACGGAUGAGGAAAUGUCAUUGCUGUCAUCGGGGAGCCUGCAGGAGUCCUGGAGAGUCAAACCAGGAGGACCCUGAUUUGUAAAGCGGUGGAAGGGGCCGUAGUAAUUCUCUCUGCUGGGCAUGUGGCAGCAUGAUCAGUUGAUAACUUCCAUGUCGCUGUGUCACCCUGCAGGCGUUAGUAUGUCUGCUACCCAAAGGCUUCCGUGUCAGGACAUUUCAGCCCUCCCUGUGGAAAGGUGACCCAGCAAAUCUUCACACCACAAAGGCAGGCUGCAAUGCUGGGGCAAGGAUGGAAACGCACCAUUGCUUUUCAUAUCUAUAUAUAUAUAUUUAGCUCUUUUAAAUAAUGUUGAAAGGGAAUCAAAUAACUGGGAAGAGAAUUCUUGUGCAAUUUGCUGUACUAUAUUUUCUAAAGGACUGAGAGACUCGCCAGUGUCUGCGAAUGAAAUAGGAGGAGAUAAGGCUUCUUUCUUUCUAAGCACAUUUGGCUUCUGCCAGGAACAAGCCUGACCCAACCCAGAAGCUGUGCAGUCACUGCUAUGUUUUCAUGCUAAAUCUACAAAGUCUGGUUCCCUGGCAAGGUCGGUACCUCAGGCAAGGUCUAGGCAAAACACAGCUCAAGGCCUCUAGGAGCUGAGCAAGCUUGUGUCUUCCCAUCUUACCCAGGCAAAGAGACAGGCUUAGCAAAAGAAGUCCUGUGAGUGUUCGACGUGACCUGACUCAUGUAACCAGCUCUGUCGCUUUCAGUGAAAGACCUCCCAUGUGUUACUCGUGCCUUAGGCGGUUCCCUGGGGUCCUUUUCCUCUUGGUCCCCGGAGGGAGACCUCCUCCUGGGACAGCUUUAUCUUCCUGGAAGAAAAAUUAUUGACUGGGGUAAACAAGCAGCAUAAUUAUUGUGAAUUAAAGUAAUUUGAAAAAUGCCUUAUUAUUCAUCCAAAGGCUUGUAAGCAGCGCAGGAAAAUAUGUUUUUAAUUAUAAACAUGAUUUAUUUAAAGUUGAUGGACUCCCCUUUAAAUUUAAACUCCUGAAUGGGAGAAAAUAA